AUAAAAUGGCAAGAAUCAUAAUUACACUCUCUACUCCUCUGUUUUUCUUCUUCCUCUUCUCUCUGCUCUUUCACCAAACCGUGUCUCAACCUGAACACAUGGUUACUUUCUGCAACCCUUCCGACAACUUCACACGAACCAGUUCAUACGAAGCAAACCGAGACCUUUUACUCUCCUCUCUUCGCGACAGCUCCUCACUAGGAACCUAUUCAAAUGCCACAGUCGGUCGCGGUCCCAACAAAGUCCAUGGCACAUUCCUCUGUAGAGGAGACACCACCGCAGCAUCUUGCUCAGACUGCGUCCAAACCGCUAUAGUCGAGAUCGCUACAAACUGUAGUCUUAACAAAGCAGCGGUCACAUACUACGAAGAGUGCAUGGUUCGAUACUCAAAUGUUUCUUUCUUCUCUGUUCUUGAGGUCAGACCAAGUAUCGUCCGUUACUCUCUUCGCUCCGCUCCAAACUCGGAUACGUUCAAUGAAACACUAGCUGAUAAAUUCAUCCAACUGAUUCUCAACGUAUCUUCGUCAUCUUUGGUUCCUUAUUUUGUGGAAGAUCAAGAACGUGUGACGCAAGUAGAGGGUUCUUAUGAGUUUGAGUCAAUGGUUCAGUGUAGUCCUGGUCUUGAUCGGUUUAACUGUACCGUUUGUCUCAGAUUUGCGCUCUUAAGAGUUUCAACUUGCUGCGGUUCGCCAAGUUCGGCUCUGAUCUUUACUCCUAAAUGUCUUUUGAGGUAUCAAACCUCUGCUUUGUCAUCACCGCCACCGUUGUCUCCAUCGCCUCCGCCUCCUCUAUCGUUGCCGCCGCCUCCACCGUCACCGGCUCUAUUUUCCCCGCCUCCUACUUUAUCGCAACCGCCACCACCGCCGCUGGUUUUCACGCGGCCACAGGACGUUCCAAGCCUUAGCGGGUCGUUUUCUAAUGUUAUUAAAGGAAACGAAAUAUUUGGGAGAAUGGCUAUUACGAUGGCAGCUUUGGUGUUUGCGCUUGUCAAUUUGUGAACACAUUUGAUGAUUUUGGAUUGAAAUAAUUUGUAUUUCAGUUACAAAAAAGAAAAAAAAAAAUUGUAUUUGCUUUUAUAUUUGUCAUGUGUUUAUUGUGCUCUUAAGAUCCAAAGAAAAGAAAACCAUGUUGCUUUUUUAAAAAGAAACAUGCAAUCAUGUUGAUUUUGAAUCAUUUUGAUGUUGCUUUUGAUGUUUGUAUGUACUGAUCAAUAAAAGAAGAAGAACUGGAGGUUGAUACGUUUCAAAUUAUAAUUAAUUUCUCUUUUACAUCUCUUUUGCUAUCUACUAUAAUUAACUCUGCUGCAUAACCUUAGUGUAUACAAUUUUUUUUGAAGAAAUCACUAUCGAUUGAUUUAGCAAAAAUUCGGUGGUAGGUGGAUUGAUUAACAACGAAUAUAUCGCUAAAUCCUAGUCUGCAAUUUUAGGUUAAGCAUUUAUAAAACAUUAUACAUCAAAUCUAGCUAGUGGUUCCAUACUUCCAUGCAUAAAUGCAAACUGUUAAAACUAUUAAAUGACGGUUACAAAAGAAAAUUACGCGGUCGUCGAUUUAUCAUAAUUAUCAUACUGAUAUUCAUCUAAGUUGGAAGCUCCGUCGGACGUCCGCUUCCCGAUUCGGAACCAGAAUCGGAACCUUGUAGAAACUUCGCUUCCAAAACGCUUCUAAAAUAUUUUUUUUUUAACACGUUAGAAGCUUAUGAUUGUGUUAAUAAAGAUUCCGCUAACAACAUUAGUUCACAUAAUAGUUUUUAUCUGAAUUCGUAUAAGAUCAGUAAAGAAAUGCUUGUAUUCUAAAUCGCAGGACUAAGUCUCUGUUCUACUACAUUUGACUAAUUUAAACAAAUGUGUCAACUUGAUGGUUUUGAAUUGGUGAAGAUAGCUACCAACCACUGAUAGAAACAAAAAUAU